GUGAGGAGAAUUGAGGUCAAAUCUGUAGUCCCCAUCAACAUUUCUUAAACUUAGCUUUCUCAUUUAACAAAAGAAAAAUAUAAAGGAGAGAACUUCACUGUGAAGUGGGAAGAUUUAAGCAACAGAGAGGCAGAAGCAGAAGCAGAAAAACUGGGGAGGAGAAGGGAAGGUCCCUCCUUUAUGAGCAGAUUUGAAAUUCAAAGGAAAAAGGGGUUUCGAAAUAUAUGAAGAGGAAGAGAGAAGUGGAUAAGGAAUCUGAAAUGAUGUCUGCAACUUCAGAACUUUGUAAGUUGGCCAAGUUCAAAGCUGUUGAUCAAGCUGCUUCCCACAUCCCCACAAAGCCCUUUCUCUCACUCUGUAAUUGGAUCCUUCAAUUUCUUGAUAAGGUAGGACCAACAAUGACUGUUCUGAGACAAGACAUUCAUCAGAAUAUUCAGAGGUUGGAGAGCAUGUAUGAGUCUGAUCCUUCAGUAUAUUCAAAUGUGGUAGAAAUUCUGAAGAAAGAGACAAAUGAAGGAAAUGCAAGGAAGCUCACUAGCUGUAGUAGAGCCUUUCUGUGGCUGACAAGGACCCUGGAUUUUACAGUGGCCUUAUUACAGAAGUCAAAAGAAGAACCUAGGCUGAGCAUGGAGCAAGCAGUAGAGGAUGCUUACAACCUUACUUUAAAGCCAUGGCAUGGAUGGAUUUCAUCUGCUGCUUUCAAAAUAGCUCUGAAACUCGUGCCGGAUACUGAAACCUUUGCCAAUCUCCUAAUGGCCAAAGAUGAAAAAAACGACACCCUUGUGGAGGAAAUAGACUCCUUCAUUUUGAUGCUCUCGCCUUUUCUUGAAGAUAUUCAUUCAAUUCUGAGACUGUACCGGUUAGAUCGCUUAAAGUCUGCAUAAAGAAAGAUGAAUGGACAAAAGAAGAACAGAUCCUCCAGUUUUGAGUUCCCUUUGUUUCAUUUGCAUUUUCUUCUAUACAGAAAACAUGUAAAUACACUGCCUAAAGAUAGCUAUCACAGGAAAGUUUCCCUCUUUUCCAUCCAAACUUACUGCAGCUACUGUGUAUGCAUACAUUUCUGAUGUAAAAGGUUAGGCUUGUAAUGUAACUAGUAGAAUUUCUAAGCCUUGUGUCGAGUCUGCAAUCUUUUACUGCAUAUAAUAUGGUGUGCUAUGUUUAGUCAAUAUCAACAAAGCAAAUAUCUUUUAUCUGAA